GUUGUUGCGCUGCGUAUACGUACCCUCCCACCUAAUUACUCAGCGUUUUAAGCAGUCGACAAGAGGGUAACCUAGUCAUACCUAAGUAUACGUCAGUUCUACAAGAUGUCUGCACGUGGAGGUAAAAAACGUAGCAAGCCAACUUCAAAAUCAGCCAGGGCCGGCGUGCUGUUUCCUGUUGGUCGUUUAGGUCGGUACCUGAGACGAAGCACACAUCAUUUUCGGAUCGGUUCUGGAGCGCCUGUGUACACUGCAGCAGUGAUCGAGUAUUUGACAGCUGAAAUAUUAGAAUUGGCAGGGAAUGCAGCCAGAGAUAACAAAAAGUGCAGGGUGACACCACGUCAUAUCUUGCUGGCUGUAGCUAACGAUGAAGAACUGCACCAGCUUCUUCGACAUGUGACAAUAGCAGCUGGUGGAGUGAUACCUAAAAUCCACCCAGAAUUACUAGCGAAAAAAAGAGGUGCUAAGAGCAAAAUGUUUUAUGAACCAUCAACUCCACCACCAUUGAAGAAACCAAAACUUAACGUCGGUGCCUUACAUAGUAAGAAAACACCAGUAGUAGCACUAAGCCCAAAAAAACCUGGACUUAGUAAAGGAAAAGCUACUGCACUUCCCCCCAAAAAAGUUUUGAAGGCAGGAAAAGGCAAAGGGAAAGGCAAACAGACUGCGGCUACAGCGAAUACAGGCGGCAAAAAAGGAAUUGGUGGUGUGACAAUUUUAUCAGAGAAAAAACUUUUUUUAGGACAAAAAAUGACAGUCGUGCAAGGUGAUAUUGCAACGCUGGUAGCUGAUGCCAUCGUUCAUCCCACAAACUCAUCCUUCUACAUGGGUGGUGAAGUGGGUUCACAGUUAGAGAAAGUCGGAGGAAAAGAUUUCCAACAGGAAGUUCAAGAUCUCUACAAGAACCACGGCGCUCUAGAUACAGCUGGUGCUGCAAUUUGUCCUGGUCAUAACUUUCCGGCUAAGUAUGUGGUGCACGUAAACAGCCCAGGAUGGGGUAAUGCCAGUUCCAUUCCAAAUCUUGAGAAAGCAGUCAAGAAUAUCUUGUCCUUAGCUGAUGAAAAAAAUUUAACAUCAGUGGCUAUUCCAUCUAUUGGAAGUGGACGGGGUGGAUUUCCAAAACAAGCAGCAGCACAAACUAUCGUCAGGGCAAUUCAGAAUUACUUUGUGAGUGUUAUGGCAUCAUCUCUUAAACAAAUCUAUUUUGUCCUAUAUGACAUGGAAAGUAUUGGUAUAUAUACCAGUGAGAUGGCAAAACUUGAUUAGAACGCUAGUGAGAAAGUUUACUUUUCGAAAAAAAAUCUGUUUAUGGAGUAGCAUUUUUUGUUUUUCCCAUUGAGAUUGUGUUAUUUUUAAUAGUAGAGCACCAUCACAUUUUUAAAAUUGCAUUUUGAUGAGGUAUGUUUGAUAGAACAACAUGCACAGACGAGAGUAUAAUGAAAGAUGUGGUUGAUUAGAAGCCCAUGAACAGGAGUUCAAUCAACCAAUGAG